AUGAAGGCCAUCCUGCAGCUCUCUCUCGCGCUUGCUGUUGCCGUUCCCCAGAGUGUCAACGCAUGGGGUGCCUUGGGUCACCAAGCCGUCGGGUAUGUUUAUUCCUGCUUAGCCUUCUUCCUCAGCUCCGACGCCCUCACGUUCGUGAAGAGCUCCCUGGGGUCCACUUAUGACGAAUCUCUUGGCCCUGCUGCCACGUGGGCGGACAGUGUGCGGUCCACCGCCGCAUACAAAUUCUCUGCCCCGUACCAUUUCAUUGAUGCCGAGGACAGCCCUCUAUCGGACUCGUGCUCCGUUUCGCAGAGUCGGGACUGCGGUGCCUCCGGUUGCAUUCUCACGGCCAUUCAGAACUACACUGCUCGUGUUCAAAAGACGAGUCUCAGUGCUGCUCAGCGUCAGGAGGCGCUCAAGUUCAUCAGUACGUCUCGAUUUUUCAUCGGUGAUAUCGGUCAACCCCUCCACGUCGAGGCUUACGAAGUCGGCGGCAAUGACAUCGAUGUGACCUGCAGCGGAUCAUCGAGCAACUUGCACUCCGUUUGGGAUACUGGCAUGCUGAAGCGCAACCUCGACGAGAACUACGACAGCAGCUCUGAAUCGUACGCCGCUGCGCUUGCCACGCGUAUCUCUAGCGGCACGUACUCCUCCCUGAAAUCAGGCUGGGUUAGCUGCAUCACGACUUCGGCGCUGACCAGCACGUCCUGCCCUAUUGUCUGGGCUACGGAGGCCAAUGCCUACGAUUGCUCAUACGUCUUUGACUACACCUCCGGCGACGAUCUCUGCACGUCGUCCUACUACACGAAAGCCAUCCCUAUCAUUGAUCUGCAGAUCGCGAAGCAGGGAUACCGCCUGGCUACUUGGCUAAACACCAUCUUCGGUUGA